CAGGUGAAAAGUCAGUUAGUUAUCAAGUCCACAGCAACAGAAAAACGAUUUGUUGAUGUUCUAGCCCUGCACACCUUGUUCAGUCGUCAAAAGCGUGAGAGCUAGGUAAGUACAACCUCUUAGACCCUACGUACGCCUUUUCAAAGCCACAACUGAUUUUCACUUUGGACACUAUACGCUACAAAUUUCCUCCUCAAAAAAUUUCGCUUUCCUUCUCGUCAAAAUAAAUCAAACGUUUCCUUUACGGAAAGCAAGGUCCAUCCUUUAAAUUUGUGUUUAACGGCACAAGUGAAGAAUGAAGUAGUUUCCGAAUACGAAAGUGAUCUUACCAUAUCUAUUAUGGCCUCAGAUAUUGGAAAUGCAUUUGCGUGGUUAAGUAACUUGUACCUUUCUAAAAUAGGUUUUUAAAAAAAGUAGGUGAAAAACCAUUAAGGAAAUCACGAAAGGAAGAUUCGCGCCACCAGCUACAUCAAAACUGACCAUGCUAAUAUUAAACAUUUUACGAGAUAUCGUGGAAUAGCUUUCGAUGCUUUUUGUUCGUGUUGCUGUAUUAAUUUUCUCGUUUAACCCUUAUCUCAACAGCUGACCAAACGGAGUCAAAUCAAUCGCCUUACUAUGAUAAAGCACGCUAUUUUUGUCUAUAUUUUUGUUUCUCUGAUGCUUGGUUCUUUCGCCCAUCCCAUUUUAAGAACAAGAUUGUCGCAAGACAUGUCAGGCACAAGGCAAUUACUGGAAGGUACGUCAUUUUAAAACUUUAUUUUAAAAUCGAAAAACAGAUAAUUUAUCAUCCAAAAUUCAGAUAUUUAAAUACAUCAAAAGACAUUAGAGCUAAGACACAAUUCAAACCCAUAAAGUAUUGGCUCAUGUGUUAUAUAACGAGAAAUUAAAAAAAAAUCUUUUGUGCGGUUUGCUGUCAAUGUGUAGUCGUUUAAGGAUAUCAAAAGCAAGCCGGUCGUGUCCACAUUUAAAAAAAAACCACCGAAAAACGUUUUUUCCAGUCGAUGCCGAUCAACUUUUCCAAAUUAACCCGAGAAAUAUCGUUGCAUAUUGUGAGUUAAGGAAUAUUUGAAGUGAUGCAUCUUUCAAAAUUUUAUUCACGGAUAAAAUCGUACGCUUCUCAUGAAAAUUCACUCCCUCCGGUGGUUAUGAACUUUCGAAAAUUUACUUUCAUAAAUUAAUCAAGAAAACAGCGGCCCAUAGAUCGAACAGAUUAUUUCAAACUGAGAAUAAGGAAUAAGUGCAAAAAACUUAAUUUAAAUCAUGAAUUGAGAAUAAUAAAUGGGCGCAUGUAUGUAUGGAAUUUCUUUUGGUGUGUUCAACUCGAUAUCUCACGAGCGAGUCAGAUAUCGAGUUGAACACGAGAAGAGAAAUUCUAUACCAAAAAGAACAUAUGUAUCAUUUUUUAUCAUAUAAACACCAUAGCACUAAACCGACAAGAAAAUUGGACAAGCGACCUUGGAUUGAGAAUGGUGAACGCUUUGCCAUUCAUUCAUCAACCUGACAGUGCGGCACGCAAGGCGAUUGAAGUAUCAGCGGCUGAUUGACGAUAUCAGAAUCUCACGUAAAAAUUAUCGCAAUUUUACACGGGUUUCCUCAGGGAUGGAAAUCCUUGUAAACACCGCAGUUAAAAUAAAUAUAUCUUUAACAUUAAUUAUACCACGAGCUUCUCAAACAAUUUCUCACCCCCUAUGCGUGAACUCUUUCAGAUCCAGAGAAAAUGGGAUCAUUGUUUUCUCUUGUUCAGAUUGAAGUACAAAACUUGACGUACCGUUUAUGUUAUUUUGUGACUCAAGCAUGAAUGCGCUAUGCAACUUAGCCUACUUCGAGAAGAGGAAGAAAGGAAUGGCAUUUCAUUAUAAUCAGAAGCAUACAUUAAGUACAUAUAGUAUGCAUAAAAUAUAAAGCUUCAUUAGCCUCCACGGGGGAAAAUAAUGAGGUUUUAUUUUCACUUGGUCUUUAGCCUGAGCAUGAAAUUUUCCCCUUAUGAUGCCAUGUGUCAAUGAUCUAUCGUCAGAAAAAUGAGUGAACUUCAAUGCCAGAUCCUAAGACUGAUUUAAGCUGUCUAAAAACGGUUCCACGUUUUCUUUUCUUUUUUUGUUACGUUUAUUCUUUGAUGGUUCGAUCCUACCACACUUUAGUAGGCAUCGAACAAAAGCAUUGUUUAAAAAGUCACCAUCUUUAUCAAUUAUCUUAGAAACUCCAUUUCAUUUCUACUUUGGUCUACUUCAUGUGACUCACGGCUGUUGCUUAAGGUCGUAUUGUAGCUUCAUCUUCCUUACGCGAUCUAAGAUUUUUUAAAACUCUAUGUGAAGAUGACUUUUGAUCUGCUGAUUUCAGUUUUAUCGAUGAGCAAAAUAAUUCAUCCGCGAGCUCUUUUUUACCUUGACAGAGAAGCAGUUCUGUUCCCCUCAUGACCAUCUCUUAAGCCAUUGCUGGGGAAAAUUUAUUUGAACCUCACUAGUACUUGUUUCAAGUUGCUCUUGUGUGAUUAAAUUUGGACGUUUGCUUAGAAAUGCAGUGCACGCCAUCUGCAGGACGAAUUGAAAUAUUGAACAGUUUUAAAUACCAUUUUAAGGGUGCUGACCAGCAUAGGCACUAAUCAAUGAACUAAUGAGCGAAAUUCUACCAAAUAGCUUAGACAAAUUUACGCAAACGUUUUGAGUAGCUGGAAGAAUAAGCUUUCAUUCUUUCCCAAGAGUAUUUAAACUGUUUUGGUGAAAGGAAAGGAUUAGGCAUCGUGUCUAUCGUGCGUGAUUGGUGCAUUUACAAUUUAUCAUUGUGUAACGGUUCUGAUGACCAUAACGAAAGGUAUCAAAGGAAAAGUUGUGAGUGCUCUCAGAAAGCCUGACAUCCAGUAUGACUACAUUUUAGCAAAUUCACGGCGUCUAUCAGAGAGCCUGUUCGAACUAUAUAGCCUAGGUGUAACCGUACCCUCCCCCCUCCCCUCCCAAGGUGAAACAAAUCACAUUCUAUGCUCAGUUUUCCUUUUAUUUUUAGGUAUGACCGUUAUUGUCAUCACUUCUUUAUUUCAUUUAAUUGGUAUUCUAAGAAUUAUCAAACCCAUAAUUUUUUUUUUCUCUACAGAACCUGGGAUGACGAAGUGUCCUCAUCCAAGCGACAUCUAUUUUUGCACAUUCGAGUUUCUUUACAAUGAAGCAUGUUACGAAGGAACUGAAGAGUUUAAAAUAAGAUGCCAAAACUUCUGUAAUGGAUUGUGCAGAAUUUAUGGAACUCUUUCAUAACUAGCGAGCCUAGUUAUUGUUCUUUUAAAACCAAGUAAAGCAGUCUUAUUAAUCCCGUAAACAAAUAAUGAACAUAAUGAUUUUCUCUCGAACGUGAUGCCAUCAGCAUGCACAUUUUAGAAUGAUAACUCUUGCCGUCAUCGUGAAACAGAUCUUUUUGAUGAAUGCAUUUAAUGGAACUGAAAUAAAAUGUGGCUUCUUACAACAACCACUUUUUCUAUCUUCAAAUGAAUCUUAUUGGAAAUCUAACAAUGAGUCAAUAAAGCAAAAAUCGCGCAAGG